AUGGCAACCUCCUCGCCCCGCGGUCGAAGCCUGGCGCGCUCCCGGAGCGCGCCGCAGCGCGUGCCCGGGGCCCAGCAGAAUCAGCCAGGACGCGCGCGCGCACGCGGGCGCGCAGGAGCUGGGCGAGACAAGCCCCGCCCCGAGCCUGGGAGCGGCGGCGCCGACGCAGGGGGGAGGGGAGGGGAGGCCGGAUCCGCGCGCCUGCCUGCCUAUUCCAUCUUUUCUUACCCGGCCGCCGCCGCUGCGGCCCAGCGAGCGGCCCCGAUGCAGGCCAUCAAGUGUGUGGUGGUGGGAGACGGCUUUGACAACUAUUCUGCCAAUGUUAUGGUAGAUGGAAAGCCAGUGAAUCUGGGCUUAUGGGAUACAGCUGGACAAGAAGAUUAUGACAGAUUACGUCCCCUCUCAUAUCCGCAAACAGAUGUAUUCUUAAUUUGCUUUUCCCUUGUGAGUCCUGCAUCAUUUGAAAAUGUCCGUGCAAAGUGGUAUCCAGAAGUGCGACACCACUGUCCCAACACCCCCAUCAUCCUAGUGGGAACAAAACUCGACCUUAGGGAUGAUAAAGACACGAUUGAGAAGCUGAAGGAGAAGAAGCUGACGCCCAUCACCUACCCGCAGGGGUUAGCCAUGGCUAAGGAGAUUGGUGCUGUAAAAUACCUGGAGUGCUCGGCUCUUACCCAGAGAGGCCUCAAGACAGUGUUUGACGAAGCUAUCCGUGCGGUUCUCUGCCCACCCCCCGUCAAGAAACGGAAGAGAAAAUGCCUGCUCUUGUAAACGGCCGUGCUCCUCUCGCUCCUGCCCCUGGGACCCUUUGUACGCUUUGCUCAAAAACAGUGGAGCCUUCGCACUCAAUGCCAAGUUUUUGUUACAGAUUAAUUUUCCAUAAAACCGUUUUGAACCAAUCAGUAAUUUUUAGGUUUUCUUUUAAAUGUAAGAGUUCAAACUCACAUUCUAUUAAAAUUUAGCCCUAAAAUGACAAACCUUCUAAAAGCCUUAUUUUCAAAAGCCCCUACUUUUGCUCAGAUUAAGAGUUGCCAAAAUACCUUCUGAACUAAGUUGUGUUGUGCUGAGAACACUAAGCACUAAACUGUCAAAAGGCCUGGCUGGGCCCUGAGGAGACCUGCUGCCAGAAGCACCUGGCUCUCCCAGUAGGCCCAUGCCUGGCAAACAGCGAGCCGCUGCACCUCCUCCGCGCCAUGUUGCCAUUAACACAUCCUAACCUUGUACUGUACGUCCUCAUGGAGGAGCCGUGUGACACUCAGCUCCUUAGAGCAGUCUUUUUGAUUCUGUAGUGAGUUAAAAAAAAUCAGUUGCCUCACUUGUGUGGUGAACCGGAACAGGACUCAUGUGGUGUUUCCUCUAAUGACGUGUUCUGUUCUAGUUGUGAGUGCACUGGGCAGAGUGGUGACACACGACGUGAUGGCAGGAUGAAGACAGUAUUUGACAAAGUCUGAAGUGGAGAUUCCUUUACACUACCUUGUAUACGAGUAAUUCAGCUGAAGAAGUGUCACAGGAAAAGGUUUUUAACGGUUCAUUUCUGUCCGAUACAGUAGACGAUGAAGGUCAGCGUUGCCAGUGUCUCGUCUUAAACGUUUCCUUUAUCCUACCUGCCGUCCCUCCCCCUAUGGGGCAUUGCACUCACCUUUGAACUCGUCAUUCCCUCCUUGCUAACUUAGGAAGUGCUUUUCUUAUAGAUCCCCUUCUUAAUGAGCAAUAUGCUUCCUACUUGUACUAUAAAAUCUUUCAAAUAAUGCAUUAGAAGUUUUUUUCCUUCGUAGAUUAGCAAAAGUGCACUCCCGUUUUCACAUUACUUUACUCAAAGCUAAUAAGUGCUUUCCUUAGUUUUCUAGUAACUUAGGUGUAAAAAUCAUGUGUUGCAGCUUUACGGUUUUUAAAAUAUUUUAGAUAUUCUUAAACUAUGAACCUUAACAUCACUUACUGUCUUGCCAGAUUGCCAGCACUGUCAUGUGACUAAUCCCGGCCCUCCCUCCCCACGCGGACACUUCCUGCCGCGCUCCGCCCACCGUGUUCCCCGGGGUCUGAGUUGUGUAACCCACUAGUCCUGACUAGUUCUGUACACCUUAACUCGCCAGCAGGAGCACAAUGUUGGACCUUUCAACCACUAAAACAAAAAAUUUUUUAAAUUGACAGUUGCAGAAUUGUGGAGUGUUUUUACAUUGAUCUUUUGCUAAUGCAGUUAGCAGUAUGUUUUGCAUGUAUGACUUAAUAAAUCAUUGAAUCAUAA